UUUCUCUCUCUCGUUUUCGCAGGUUCUGCUGGAAACUUACAUUUGGCCUCAAUGUGAAAUUCAAGGAGAACGUCGCACCUACACGUCUGUUGCUGUCAGGAUGCUGAUUCAUUGGUCAUGCCCGACGAGGGAAGUUCUGUUCUAGACGGCUGACUGCCAGCAACACUCGAUGCUUAUCCUAGAUGUCAAGCUUCUCCCCUUUGUACUGGAGUGAAAAUCCCCUCCAGAUACCAACGGAACACCAACUACAGAAGAUGCUUCGCGUUUUAAGGAUGUCAGCAACCUAACUUCAUGCGCCCUCUCUGCACGGUCGUUGUGGAUGGUUUACCAUCGGAAAGCUCCUCCGGCUCUCACCCAGGCCCCGGGUCUGUCUCUGAAAUGUCUCUGCUUCAUGCUUUGGGUCCAGUGCAGACCUGGCUGGGACAAGAGCUGGAGAAAUGUGGCAUCGAUGCCAUGAUUUAUACUCGCUAUGUCCUCAGUCUUCUGCUGCACGACAGCUAUGACUACGACCUGCAGGAACAGGAGAAUGACAUCUUCCUGGGCUGGGAGAAAGGAGCUUAUAAGAAAUGGGGAAAGAGUAAGAAAAAGUGUUCAGAUCUAACUCUAGAAGAAAUGAAAAAACAGGCUGCUGUCCAGUGUCUUCGAUCUGCUUCUGAUGAAAGCUCUGGCAUCGAGACUUUGGUGGAGGAGCUGUGCUCCCGGCUGAAGGACCUCCAGAGUAAGCAAGAAGAGAAGAUUCACAAAAAGUUAGAGGGCUCUCCCUCCCCAGAGGCAGAGUUAUCCCCUGCAGCAAAGGAUCAAGUGGAAAUGUACUAUGAAGCAUUUCCACCACUUUCUGAGAAACCAGUUUGCCUGCAAGAGAUCAUGACUGUGUGGAACAAGCCAGCAGUCAGUUCUUACUCGAGCUCCUCGUCGUCGUCCACAGCCCCGCCCACCAGCACCGGGACCUCCUCUCCCAAGGACUGCAACAGCGAAGGGGACGUCAUCAAGGAAAGAAGCAACGAAGUGUCCACCACUGCACGCGAGAAAACCCAGAGCAGAAGUAAAACCGAGAAGGAGAACAAAUUUAGCAAUGGCCCAAUCGAAGAAAAGCCCGCUUUGUACAAAAAGCAAAUGCGACAUAAACCCGAGGGGAAGAUUCGCCCUCGCUCAUGGUCUUCCGGCUCCAGUGAAGCAGGUUCAAGUUCAAGCGGUAAUCAGGGAGAAUUAAAAGCAUCCAUGAAGUGCGUGAAAGUAAGACACAAGGCACGAGAAAUUCGGAACAAAAAAGGGCGGAACGGGCAGAGCAGGCUUGCGCUGAGGCACGGCGAGAAGGCCGAGAGAAACGUCCACGCCGGAAGCAGCAGCAGCAGCGGCGGCGGCGGCUCUGUCAGUCAGCUGUGCAAACGCGGCAAGAGGCCGGCGAAGGACACGGGGAGGAAAGACGCGGGGAGCGCGGAAGGGAGAGACCUGUACGCGGAGAGCAGAAACGACAAGGAGUACAAAGAGGAACCGCUGUGGUACACCGAGCCGAUCGCCGAGUACUUCGUCCCCGUGAGCAGGAGGAGCAAACUGGAGACCACGUAUCGGAACAGAGAGGCGCGCGCCGCGCCCACCGAGGCCGUGGCCGGGCUGUCCGACGCCGUGCACGGUCUCCGGAUCAGCAGCAGCGCCCUGCACAAGGCGUACCUCGCAGCAGGCACGUUCAUCGACGGCCACUUCGUGGAAAUGCCUGCGGUUAUCGAUGAGGAGAUCGACCUCACUGGGACCUCACUCUGUUCUCUCCCGGAGGACGACAAAUACUUAGAUGAUAUUCAUCUCUCAGAAUUAACGCACUUCUAUGAAGUGGAUAUUGAUCAAUCCAUGUUGGAUCCUGGUGCCUCAGAAACAAUGCAAGGGGAAAGUCGGAUUUUGAAUAUGAUUCGACAAAAAAGCAAAGAGAAGACAGAUCUUGAGGCCGAAUGUUGCAUAGUGUUAGAUGGCAUGGAGUUGCAAGGGGAACGUGCAAUAUGGACGGACUCUGCCAGCUCCGGGGGUGCCGAGGGCCUGCUCCUGCAGGACCUCGGCAACCUGGCCCAGUUCUGGGAGUGCUGUUCAUCCAGCUCCGGUGAUGCCGACGGCGAGAGUCUGGGAGGAGAGUCCCCGGGGAGACUCUCCCCGCACUUGGACGGCGUGGCGCUCAGUCCGCACGCGCUUGCUGGCCGCCGAGAGCUCUUUUCGGACAUUAAUGAAGGAUCUGGUAUCAACUCUUGUUUUUCAGUGUUUGAGGUGCAAUGCAGUAAUUCUGUUCUACCGUUUUCCUUUGAAACACUCAACUUGGGAAAUGAAAAUACAGAUUCUAGUGCUAAUGUGCUUGGGAAGACGCAGUCUAGAUUGCUAAUAUGGACCAAAAAUAGUGCCUUUGAAGAAAACGAACACUGUUCUAAUCUUUCAACGAGAACCUGCAGUCCCUGGUCCCAUUCGGAAGAAACGCGUUCGGAUAACGAGGCAGCAAGUCUUCAGUUCGAAGAACCCGCCGCGCAGUUUAGUGCUGAAGGUAUCAGCUACGUGGUUCCCGGAGUCUCGUCCAAUUAUGUAGAUGAAGAGCUUCUAGAUUUUUUGCAGGAUGAAACUUGCCAGCAAAACAGUAGAACUUUAGGCGAAAUUCCUACGUUAGUUUUCAAAAAACAAUCUAAACUAGAAUCUGUCUGUGGUAUUCAGCUAGAACAAAAAACGGAAAACAAAACGUUUGAAACUGCACAAGCGUGUCGGGAAACCAGUCCGCACGGAGAUGGCUACAGCUCAGGGGUUAUUAAAGACAUUUGGACAAAGAUGGCGGAUAGGAAUUCUGUAGCUCUGGUAGAAGUAGAGAGAGUUGAUGAUGAGCUGUUUUCGACCGAUGUAAAUAACUACUGCUGCUGUCUGGACGCCGAAGCUCAAGUGGAGCCCCUCCGGGAGCCGAGUAAGGCCGUGCAGAGGUCGGAGUACCGUCUGUGGGAGGGACAGAAGGAGAACCUGGAGAAGCGAGCGUUCGUGUCCAGUGAGCUCUCGAAGGUGGACGGUGGCGAUUAUACUACACCCUCUAAACCUUGGGACGUCACCCAAGAGAAGGAGAACGCCUUCAUUCUUGGAGGAGUUUACGGGGAGCUCAAAACCUUUAAUAGCGAUGGGGAAUGGGCAGUCGUACCGCCUAGUCACACGAAAGGAAGUUUGUUACAGUGUGCGGCUUCUGAUGUCGUGACGAUAGCCGGCACGGAUGUCUUCAUGACCCCAGGCAACAGUUUUGCUCCCGGUCACAGGCAGUUAUGGAAACCCUUCGUGUCCUUUGAACAGAAUGACCAGCCGAAGAGUGGGGAAAAUGGAUUAAAUAAGGGAUUUUCUUUUAUCUUCCAUGAAGACUUACUAGGCGCUUGUGGUAAUUUUCAAGUCGAAGAUCCUGGACUCGAAUAUUCAUUCUCUUCCUUUGACCUAAGCAAUCCAUUUUCACAAGUUCUUCACGUCGAAUGUUCAUUUGAACCCGAAGGGAUUGCAUCUUUCAGCCCUAGUUUUAAACCGAAAUCAAUCCUCUGCUCUGAUUCAGACAGUGAGGUUUUUCACCCCAGGAUAUGUGGCGUCGACAGAACACAAUACAGGGCUAUUCGAAUCUCUCCUAGGACUCACUUUCGCCCAAUUUCUGCAUCUGAACUGUCCCCGGGAGGAGGAAGCGAGUCGGAAUUUGAAUCUGAGAAAGAGGAAGCAAAUAUUCCUGUUCCUUCUCAAGUUGAUGCAUUCGAAGAUCCACAGGCAGAUCUCAAACCACUGGAAGAAGAUGCAGAGAAAGAAGGCCAUUACUAUGGAAAAUCAGAACUUGAGUCUGGAAAAUUCCUUCCCAGGUUAAAAAAAUCCGGGAUGGAAAAGAGUGCUCAGACAUCACUGGAUUCCCAGGAGGAAUCAGCUGGGAUUCUGCCAGCGAGACAGCAGAAUCAGUGUUUGGAGUGUAGCCUGAGUGGGUCUCUGGAAAUCAGCUUAGAAAGCUCAGAAGCUAAUUGUAAAAUAAUGGCACAAUGUGAGGAAGAAAUUAAUAAUCUUUGCAGUUGUAAAGCAGGUUGUCAGUUGCCUGCUUAUGAAGAUAAUCCAGUUUCUUCGGCACAGCUGGAGGAGUUUCCCGUAUUGAACACUGAUGUACAAGGAAUGAAUAGAAGUCAAGAAAAACAGACUUGGUGGGAAAAAGCCUUGUACUCCCCUCUUUUUCCUGCAUCAGAGUGUGAAGACUGUUGUACAAAUGCCAAGGGAGAGAAUGGUAUAGAAGAGUAUCCAGAUGCUCACGGAAUACCCGGUAAUGGAGAGCGUCUGUUAGAUUUUAAUAGGGUGUCUUCUGUUUAUGAAGCAAGAUGCACGGGAGAGAGAAGUUCUGGAGCGAGAUCCAACCGCGCCCGCAGAAGGGCGUCCUCCAGCGCCGGCUCCGACCCCGGGGACCCAGGCUCGGACGGCGGCGGCGGCUGGGCCGAGCCCGGCGAGGAGGGCCUCUUUUCUCGAACUCAUCUCUAAACCUGCAGAGUAGUGCAAAUUAUUUUUUAAAAGCGAAAUGUGAUGGGAAAUGACCCUUUUGUGAGGCCUGUUAAUCUAACACAACACCUUAGGUUUCUUCUCAAUUAGCUGACUCAGAUCAGUGCUUCUUUCUCUCCUUGCUGAUUUUAGAGUUGAGGACAGCUAUCCUGUUGAAGAUUUUUUUUCCAAGCUGUUAAAUUCUUGGCUCUUUGAAAUAGACUAGAUUGUGUUGUCAAAUCAAGAAUGGGUGUGCAUGUGCUUGUCCUAGAAGUGUCACUGCUCCCUGCAUCUUAGCUGCGCCUCCUCACCGCAGCUGGGUCCCUGUCACCUUGUUCGCACUGCGGUGCCAGCAGCCACUUCCGCUCUUCACCCUGUAGCUUUGGAACACUUAGGCUUUACUCUCUAGGAACUGGGGUAGAAGUGCUUCCCCUGCAGUGGCUCAGGCCUUCCCGAGGGCCAGAGGGGAGCACGGGGGACGACCCUGAGGUCCCCGUUCAGUACAACCUCGCGUCCGUCGCAAGGAGGAACCACAAGGGCGUGCUUUUAGAGACUUACAAAAUACUGUGUUUUCUAUCUUAGGAUGUUCCCCCUGAAAUAUCAUGGAAGGUACUAUGGUUUGUGACUUUAUUGCUAACUGGAGAAGCCAAGGAUUUGGGGUGUAGGGUGGUACAUGAGGCACAGCGGGGUAAGAGCACCCCCCAGCCUGUUCUUACGUUGCAGUUCAUUUACACCGAAACAUCUUCCAGGGCUGUUUGUGGCAAGUUUUACACUAUUUACUGAGGAGCUUAGUUGAAAAUUUUGUUUUUCUUGUGACCUACAUUGAAGUGAAGCCCCUCGAACUCAAAAUUGUAAACGUUUGACAUGCAGUAAAGGCCACCUCGUCACUCCAAAGAAACCUUGUCCGCUGCAUUCAGCUACCCUUGUGGCUCUGGUGUAGGAUAGCUUAGAUUGCAUUCUGUGUUUGAGAGAAUGUUCUGGGCACGUUCCGUGUGUGGCGGGGUGGGGGCGGGCAGAGUAACGAUUUCUCCCACACCUGUGUGACUGCCCCGUGGGAACCUGGGGGCAGCGUGUCUCGUGCAAGUCCUGUUGUUCGUGGCGAUCACCUCUGCGGGCUUUCACGCUGCCACGCGUCAGGAGGGGCACUAUUUGCGAAGCCUAAACAUUUUUAAUUGAUUUCCUUUUUAACCAACUCAUUUAAAAAAAAAAAAAACCUAAUGCGUGAAAUCAGCGUAGCAUGUCUGUAGCGUCGAGAACAGCAGAGAAGUCUGACAGACGAGGCGGCUUGCACACUGGUUUUGGUGGCAGACAGCAUGCAGAGGUCGCUCGCUGGGGGCCGAACUGGCCGGGAAACGCGUGACCUGCUGUGAGCGCUGGGCGUUGCUGCCUCUCUUAGUCGAUGGCUCAGAAAACUCCCUCCGAGGCCGCGGGGUCCCCGGGUUCAGUGUGUAACUGCUGUGAGACCCCAUGGCCGCUGGGCGCGAUCUCACCACAGGUCAGGGUUCGUUUUUAUGCAGCACAUCUUUUGACACUUUAAAGUGGGUUUGUGUGUGUGCGCGUGUGUGCAUGUGUGUGUGUAAGACUUUAUGUUGCUGUUAUUUAUUUACAGACUUUAUAAGGUUUUAUGUAUUUUUCUUUCUUCCGGAGCUUCCUAAUAAUUGAUUAGCAUCUGCACUGAAAUAUAAUUUAACAGCAAAGGCAAAAAAGAAUUGGAAGUUGUAAAUUCCUAAAAAUCAGUACAGUGACGAUCAUCCUAGAAAUCGUUGCUUAUGUAGCAGAGACCAAAUAAAUAAUAUCUCGAACACAACCUUUAGCCCAGUUGAUUUGGAACAGUUGCUUUUGAUCAAGAAAGGGCUCCAGGGGAUGGCAGUACAGACUCCCCCACACACGACGGGGGGACAGCUGCGCCGUCCACGGCCCACGCGGAGUGGGCAUGGAUUACAAACGGGCGAGGGGGUUAACAGAUUAUGUAUUUAUUUGUGUCCAUAGCGAAGCGGCUGAGGCCCAGAGGCUUGCGGCAACAGAGGUGAACGUGUGGUUUUUAGUUUUGUGAAUGGAUGAUCACAAAGAAAAAGCAUUUUUAAAAAGUUGGCAAAACGCUGAAACGCACUGUGGUAUGAAGCGCAUUGCAUAUCCAUAGCACUGAAGUGUCAGUUCCCAUUCUUGGGCUGAGAUUUUUUUUCCCGUGGUUGUAUUGUUCUGAUUUCACGUACACCAGAGUAACUGAUUUUUUGUUUUCUUGUGGAGUUAACACCAAAUAAAAACUUAGAAAACCA